AUGCACUUUAGUUCGCUCUGCACCGCAGUUGCUCUGCUCGCUGCCGUGGCCACCGCCACCCCCGUGGCCCCCGCCAGCACCAGGGCUCCCGCAGGCAUGGUGAUUCCAGCCAGCAACCGCAUCCAGAGGCUCGAUGCGAGCAGCAACUGCCUGUCGCCCUCCAUCCAGGCCCUCAGCGGAUCCAACCGGCUCGUUCUGGAUUCGGUCGCUCGCCAGUUGCAAGCAUCCAUGUUCCGCGACUUCCACCAGUUUGCCCCCGCUGCGCAGGCGCUCGGCAACCCCGAUAUCGAGGAGAAGAUCUUGGGCAUUGACUAUACAGACACAAUCGCUGGGCUGCGCGAGCUCCAAGAGCUGUUUAAGACCUCGGUCCCCGAGGCCGCUCGGACUGCCGGCGGUUCUAGCGAUUGCGGCGCGCCUACCGCGAAGAAUCUGCGGGUGAUUUCCACCAACCUGGACAAGCUGGUGCAGCAGUUUGUCUGA